AUGUCUCUUCCCUUCAUCGCGCUCUCCAUCACCUCGCACAAGCAGACGACUCCUCUCACCCUCCUCCCCUUCCCCGAGCCCGAACUAGGCCCCGGCGAGCUCCUCAUACAGAACGUCGCCAUCGCUCAGAACCCGGUCGAUUGGAAACAGAUCGACUACGAUAUCGGCAUACUCAGCUUGCCAUGGACGAAUGGGGGGGACGUUGCGGGGACGGUGUACAAGCUUGGUCCUGGUGUAGAGAAUUUCAAACUUGGUGAUCGGGUCAUCUCCUUCCUCGAGCGGAAAACAGCGCGUCACGGCGCCUACCAAACAUACAGCAUCGCCGCCUCCUCCCGAACUGUCCGUCUGCCCGAAACAUACUCCUUCGAGCAGGGGAGUACGAUCCCCCUGGCGUACGUGACGGCCGGUGCGGGGCUGGAGCAUGCCCUGGGGGUGAAGCUGCCGGUGCCGCCUCACCUGCCGGUGGAGAGCAAGGAAGAGCCGCUGCUCGUUUGGGGCGCAGCGAGCUCUGUGGGGGCUUAUGUGAUCCAGCUGGCUAAAGCGGCGGGAUACACAGUGCUCUCCACCGCCUCGCCAAAGAAUCACGCAUAUAUCAAGUCCCUCGGCGCGUCAGAAGUGUUCGACUACCACGAUCCGGACGUGGUGAGCAAGAUCCACACCGCAGCGGGAGCCAACCUCUCAAAAGUCUACGACUGUAUCUCCGAACACGGCUCGAUCGAGGCUUCCGUAGGGAGCAUCACCACCACGGGGACGGGGGUAGUAGCAGUCAUCCUCACUCCCAAACCUGAGCAGAGUACAUCAACAGUCAAGGUCCUCCACACCGGGGCGAAACAAGCAGAGCUCUACCCCGAAGUGGGGAAGAGGGUGUAUGCGUUGCUUGAGUACUUGCUCGAGAGGGGAACGUUUGUCCCUAAUCCGGUUAGGGUCGUUCCUGGAGGUCUGUUGGGAGCGAAUGAGGGGCUGAAGCUGGGGAGAGAGCAUAGAGUGUCAGGGGAGAAACUGGUGUAUCGUGUUGCGGAGACGCAGUUCUGAUGCGGAGGGAAGAGCGAUCGUUUGUUGAAUACGGAACUCAAGUAGGUUUCUUAAGAUGUAAAAUCAAGGUUUGGUAAAAGAGACAAGCUAUGUAUCU